UUUGCAAAGAGAAAGCAAGAAAGAUCAAUGGAUGCAUCGAAGACUAUCCCGCACGAAAUCGGUGGAGUGAAAAACGACGCACUCCGAUUUGGAUUUCAUGGUGUUAAGAGCGACCUUGUCGGGUCCCAUCCUCUCGAAUCCGCAUAUGAAGAGAACAAAACGAGCCAGGAGAAGAUGAAGAGGACGGUCCUUGCCAACACUUACGGCUUCGCCUUGCCCACGAGGAUGGAGUUGGAACGCCGGAUCCUCUCCAGGUUUCAGAGGCCUGUUGGAGCAAUACCCUCUUCCAUGUUGGGUUUAGAAGCCAUGACAAGAGCUCUAGAAGACUUCGGUUUUGAGGACUACCUGAAUGAUCCAAAGGAAUCUGAGAGUGUUCGUCCAUCUAACCUGCAUCAUGGCAUGGAAGUGAGGAUCGGGUUAUCCAAAGGACCGGUGUGCCCUAAUUUCAUCUGAAUCAUUUGGCUGUGGUUAAUCAUCUUUUAAUCAUUCUGAUAGUGUACUUUAGUUACUGUUCUGCUUUUGGUUUAUGUUUGAUUUUCAUCUUUCUUAAAUCAAAAGUUAGUGUUGUAAACAUUUUAAAUCCUGAACAAUUUACAUUUUAAUAAUAAUAAAAAAA